CGAGCUGAAGCUAGCAAACCAAUAUCCAGCCAGGCCAAGUGCUGCUUCCGAUAGGUCUUUAAUUCUCCACUCAUCGGCCGAUUGCCCAAUUUCCACAAUGCAUUAAUUCUCCCAGAAAACCCUAAUCCCCCAAUUCUAUCUAUCCAUCCUCAAAGAUUCCCGCUUUUCUGACUCCGUGGGCGACGCCUCCACUCUCCCUCUGCCCAUCUACUUCUUUCGGCUCGAUUGGAUCUGGGUCCGUCUCGUUUUUACUGACACCCCGCUCAGUUCCUUUGAUCCGUCGGAGAAGGAAAGUUCGAGUCUUUUCGCCUUCGUCCUUGGGCCUCUCUUGAUCCCUGCAACUUAUUAGUUUUCCAAUUUAGGGUUGCAAUCUGAAUUUACUGGGGUUCAGAGGGUUUGGUUGGCGACUUGGGGCAGCUCUGUGUUUGACUUCACUUUUGCUGGGGUUCGUGGCUUUUGUUUGGUGUUCUCUUUGCACGCCAUUGAUUUGCUCUGCUAAAUUAUUCUGAUUGGAGAAGCAGGGCGAGAGGUUUUGGGUGGGAAUAAAAAGGCGGGGGGAUUGGGAGCAGCCAAUGCUAUAUAUUCUGGAUUGGCAUUCAAGUAAUUUUUCGGUGUGUUCUUUUGCUGUGCCGGAAAGUUUGAAGCUUUAGCUUUACCAAUGUCGUUGGCAGGGGAAGAUAUCUACCUCUCGACUUCUCUCGCCAGUUAUCUUGAUAGUAAGCUCGCUCUCCACACUAGAGUUUAAGUUUACUUCUGUUUCUUGAAAUGGGGACUCGUUUUUUCCUGCUUCAAUAUUGUCUUUUGGUGUCUUUGUUUCUGUUGCAUGAUCUGAUUGUUAUUCUAUUACCGUUGAAGUGACAUAUGAAUGCUUGUAAUUGGUCAAGAUAUUGAGUCAGUUGAUUAUGUUAAAAACCGUUUAUCUUAUCUUGAAGAAUCAAUGACCAUCGUUUGUCUAUUCCAUAGGGAAUUCAGGUUUUCUAAAUGUUCAUUGUUCUGUAUAGUCUCUAGUUGUUUCCAGUCUCAUAUUGGCUUGCUUAUGGUUUCAGAAAAGCUUCUCGUGCUCCUGCGAGAUGGCCGGAAACUUAUGGGAAUACUUCGCUCUUUCGAUCAAUUCGCAAAUGCUGUCCUUGAGGGUGCAUGCGAAAGAGUAAUUGUUGGGGAACUUUACUGUGACAUUCCAUUAGGUCUCUAUGUAAUUCGAGGCGAGAAUGUUGUUUUAAUUGGAGAAUUGGAUUUGGAAAGGGAGGAGCUUCCUCCGCAAAUGACUUGUGUUUCAGCCGCAGAAAUUAGGAGGGCGCAGAAAGCAGAAAGGGAAGCAUCGGAUUUGAAGGGCACAAUGCGAAAGAGAAUGGAGUUUCUUGAUCUGGAUUAGCAGCAGGAGCAGUUAGAAUGAAAGGUGGCUCGUAAAACAUAAGUCUGAGAACCAGCUAAUAUGGUCUGCACGUAUUUUAUAGCGGUCCAUGGGUGGUUUUGAAUGUAGGUGUGGUUGUGGUAUUUGUUAGAUCGGUCUUUUCUGCUUCUCUGCUCUGUCUCCUCCUCUUUUCUUCUCUUCUUUUUGUCUUAUCAUCAUCUUAAGGGAGUAUCGAUUGUAACAGUUGUUCAGAACCUUUGUAUCCACAAAUUUUAUCCAAGUGCUUUCUUCUUCUCCUUUCGGUUUCAUGCAGCUUCCUUCUCUUACCAUUUUGUUGGAGCAUAAAACAACUCUGGACCCCUUUUCCAAAUAAUCUGCAGGUGAAUGU